AUGAUCAAUUGGGUAGAUGUGGCAAAUGAUCUUCUCAGUAAGUGUCCCAUAAACCUAAGGCUGAGUAAACUGACGGACUGUGAUGCAAAUGUUUUCAUUGCUCUGUAUGAAAACAUCUUGGGGGAGAAAGUUCCAGAUUACAUUGCAGCGCCAUGCAGUCAAGAGGAUGACGCCCAUAACGUUCAGUCUGUGAUUGAUUCACUCUCCCUGGAUUACCUUCAGAUCAGUCUCUCACACAUUACAGGAGAAAAUGUUGUCAGAGGGGACAAAGAGUCUAUCAAGAACCUCCUGGAAAUCUUCGAUGGCCUCCUAGAAUAUCUCAAGGAGGAGAUAAGCGAGGAGUCACAGAAUGGUGAGGAACUGAAUGACAGUCUCAAUGAGGAUGUGCCUGGUGAAACCAAGGAGCCAACAAGCUGCAAUGCCACAGAGCACAAGGAGACUAAACUGGAGGGAGCGUCUUCCAGUGGAGAGUCCACUGUCCAUUCCAGUAAACAUUCCCUCCAUACCUGGAAUGCUGAGGAGGUGGGAUCAGCUAGUGAGCUCAUUGGGCUGGGAGUCUCGGCACGCACAUUUACAACCAAACAAGAUGAUGCAGUCACCACCUCUGAUCCUUUGGACGCACAGAACGCUCCACUGACUGAACCGCUGCCCUCAGCCAUCGCUUUGCAGCCACCCUGUCAGAGCAACACCCUCCACAGACCCGACACAGACCCACACUCAACAGCUGACGGCUUCAGCCAAGGGCACCUAGGGGAGGAAGCUGCUCCUGUAACUACAGAGACCUCUAAACCGGAAGCUGAGACCGUUGUUACCAAUGGACUACAGUCUCCUCUUUUCCAGUCUCCUGCCGUGAGUGAGAAGUCUUUGUCCAGUCAGCAAAGAGCCAGGACAGAAGUGGAGGGGGAGACACUAGAGCCAACUAAUGGGGGUCCCAGGAGGGUUUUGUUCCGUACCAAGCCAGAUGUGCUCUUCCUCACCCUGGAGGAUGAGAUGUCGGUCACAACCCCUUCUCCACCAGACACUGAGGAGGAAGAGCAAGAUGAGGAAGAUCUGAGUUAUAAACUAAGACAACUGAACAGAAAGAUAUAUCCCAGAGAUAGUAGCAGGUUGGAGGAGGAAGGGUUGGGCGAGCCUCUGUCGUAUCGCAGACAGAGGAACAAGCAAACCGAAGAGGAGCUGCAUCACAUAUCUGAGAACCUCUGCCAUCGGCUUGAAGAACUCGAUCAGAUGCUCAAACGAGUUCUGGGUGAAAGUGGAGAGUCCAGUGAAGUCAGAGAAGAAGACAAGCAGUCCCACCACAGUGACAGCAUCAUGGAGUGUCGCAGGACUCCCAGACAACACACGGUUUCAGGAACACCUGACGCUGAAUCCACCCACCGGACACGCUCCUUAUCCCCCUCCCCUCCAAGGGCCCCUCGCUCCGUGCAGGGACAGUUAGAAGAUGCCAUGGCAGAGGCAAUGAGUCUGGAUGAUAGGAGACAAUCCAACCUGGCAGCUUCUGAUCAUUCAUGGCGAGGAGAGCUACACCACAGACAGUCUCACAGAAAACAUAGCAAGUAUUUGGAGAAAAAGGCCUAUGAGGAGGAGUUGAAAAGAUAUGAAGACAAAGAGCGAGUGGAUCUAGACAAAGCCCGCCUUAAAGCUCAGAAAGCCGAGCGACAGUACAGAGAGGCCAUACUAAGGGAUGUUUCCGAAGUACCCAGACUGUCCCCAGCUAGAACGAAGGCCCCGCACAGGUCCCAACGUAACACACAAACCACACCGGGACGGAGAAGGCAGGUGACCCCCAGGAAAGCCCCAUCAAUGAAGGUGAAGGAGAAUGAGCUCCUCCCUGUGCUCCUGGAGGAAUUGCCCCACCUUCACAUCUCCCCCCAUGCCCUGGGUCAGAUGUGGGAGCAGCAGAUGCAGCAGGUGGACCGACUGCACGCCCUGUCAUCCCCUCACAGCCAGCGCCGCAGCAAACUCUCCAGCCAGGUGGAGGAAGCCCAGAAGAAACAUGACCUGCUGGUGGAGAUCAUCCGCAAAGAGCAGGACCACAACAGGCGCCUGAGGGACUUCAAAGAGCGUAUCCAGCAGCAGAAGUCGACCCAGAACAGACUGAGGGAACAGAGGCAGCAGAUAGCACGCGCCAAGAAGUACCACAGCGACUACCAUGUCCAGCACCGUGCCCGCCUGAUGAGGGCGCGCACCAAGGAGGAGAGGAAGGUCCACUUGAGAGAGCAGAAAGCCUACGCCAGGGAGCAGCGGCUGGAACAUCAGAGACGACACCAGGACCAGAUCAAGUCCAUGGAGAACUACUACAAGGACCAAUUUUCACUACUAGCUGAAAAACUCGCCCAAGAGCGGCAGGAGAUCCAGGUUCGGAAAAAAGCUCAAGAAAAGGCUCUGCUGAAGAUGAAGAGAGAGCUGCGUUCCAGGAUGGAGCGUGAGAUUGGUGAACUGCAGAAGAUCAUAAUCCAGAACGAUGAGGACGACCAUUUCCAGGAUCUGGAGGUCCAGAGGCUGCGCAAUCGGGUCCAGAUGGCUUCCUUCCAGUACAACACUAGCUAUCUGAACUGAGCAAGGAAGCGAGAGACACAGGGCUGUUCUAAGCUCUGCUCAAUCAAGGCUGGAUUUACAUUAGAGGAACAUGCAGCAAAACGUUUUGUUUCUUCCUAAAACAACUAAGGGUACGACAUUCUGACAGUACGGUCUCCUCGGCAUCUUCCCUCAGAUUUGCACAGAAGAGGUAAUUGACAUUGUUAGAACUUAUACAAGGCCUGAUGAUUGAUUAUUAAUGAACUGAACGUACUCUGACAAAAUGUAGCUUUUAGCUAAUGUAGCUAACUUCCUCUCACCUCAGCUGCUAUACCUGAACUUAACGACACCUUGGACUAAGUCCCCUUCUUCCGUGGGUUUUAGUACUUGAUAACUAAGAAUGUUUUAAAAUGGCUCCCUCACUGUGCAGUAUGUGUACUGAUAUUGUAGCAAACUAGUAAAAAUGUUCUUCCUUUUGCCAAAUAGGACCGCAGAUGCAACAUUACCAAGUAUGAAUGUCCCACACUGACGGAUUUUAAACAAAUUUUCCCCCUUGUAUGUGCGAUGUCUUCCUUUUAACGAUUUAACCAUGACAGUGGAUUAUUUAUUUAACUUUAAUGUUUGAUUUUUAACUAACCUGGUGUUGUGCUGUCUGAUCUCCAGGGGCGAUGAUAAUCGGUCUUUCAUGACUUCUCCUUUUCCUCAACUCAAUUGUGAUGGUUUUUAACUCUCAGCCAGAACUAAAGAUAAUGGUAGUUUUAAACCAAUACAAAGGGUUGCAAUGCGUCUACUGAUUUUGUAUGUAAUGAGCACACAAAUGCCCCGUCCUCAUCAUCCAAUAAAAGUGUGGGCUCACUCA